CUGCACUCUCCUCUGCCUCAGUCGUGUGGGAAGCUGAGUGAAUGCGUCUGCAGAAGGAGCCAGCGCUCACACGUCCGUUUCGGUUCUAUCUCCAAAGGAGGGGAGUGAUUCGCGUCCGUUCUCACCUCUGUGGUCUCCUCCAGGAUACUUUUAUCUUCCCUCUUUAUUCCACGUGAAGUUGCUUUCCCCCCCCCCCUCAAAAUUCUCUUUUUGGCUGGACUCUCUCGGGGCAGAUGGAAGCGGCAGAGAGCGCAGACUUUCCAGCUCCUCAUUUGCAACACGGCGGACCGAAGAUAUAAUUGCAAUUUUUCAUCCGAACACACCACUUUUUGUGGCUCUUGUUGAUUUAUUUAACCUUUUUUCAUCAUUUAUUUAUCUUAUAUCACAUUUUUACAUUAUUUUCUUGGUGGUUUUUCUUUGCUAACAAAUGGACUAUGGAAUUGGAAAUGCUGUUUUUCACCAGGACUGGAUUUAUGUUGCCAGAAUGGACAGUGAUACUGUCUUGCAUACUAUCUGAUUGGAGCUGCUUUUGUCCUAACGUGAUGCGCAACUUUGCUUGAAACCUGAAGACUGAAGCCUAUAUUUAUUGUUUGGAACAUUUGGAGGGGGGCUGAAAGCAGACACAGAGUUGCUCUAUGCUCUGUUUCCUCAUACACUUCUAACACGUAAAAAAGAAAAGCCUGAAAGAAUGCCGGACCAAAAUCUGCGCACCACUGUCCAUCUUGCAAUGUUUUUCACGAAUUUCGGGACGCGUCGUCAAGAUUUCUGAAAGAAAAAGAAAAAAAAAAAGCUGUGCACCCAACCCUCCCUCGGUUUUUCUACCUUUUUCUCUGACCCCCUGCCACCAAAUGAACGCUCUCACAUGGAGCUAGUACGGCCAGCUUGGGGGCCGAGCGACCAGAGGGGCGAUUUUUCCAAGCAAAAGGAGCCCGUCAGCAAGAGACGCAUCGGAUGAAAUCGGACCCCCCCGCUCCUCCCCACCCUCCUCCGUUUCUCCUACUCCGCCACCCCCUCCCCCUUCUCUCUAGUUUUCUCGGUUCGUGUAGAUGUACAGCAGCCUGGAUGAGAAUAUAGUGGAAACCUUGUUGCUUUCCUAAAACUGCUUGCGCUCUGCUUCAGCUGGGAGGACCGUUUGCGCACGUCCCCAUCCAUGUCUCACCAAAGCUGCCCCGCAUCUCCGGAGGGAGCUGCAUUCAUUACCACCACAGCUUGUGGUUACUAAAUGGUAAUCUGGAGGAGGAUUUCUAACCGGCGAGAUGCUCCUCUUACUUCAGCUGGCAGCCCUUUUUUCUUCCAUCUCCAGCUCCCUAUCCUUCAACCACUCCUACAUGUCAGACGGACCCCCCAUGGCAGACCCAUCCACCUCGGAUUUGGUGGCCGAGACCUGCAGCGCCUGUUCCUGCUUUUCGUUGGAGAACGUGUUGUAUGUUAACUGCCAGGAGAACUUGGUGUAUCGUCCCACACAGCUUAUUCCUCCAGCAUCCUCCUUGUACCACCUGAACUUCCAGAAGAAUAAUUUAGUCAUCCUCUACCCAAAUUCGUUCCUCAACUUCACCCAUGCUGUAUCGCUGCACCUGGGGAACAAUAACCUGGAGAACAUUGAAGGUGGAGCAUUUAUGGGCAUGAGUGCAUUAAAACAGCUGCACUUAAACAAUAAUCUUUUAAGUGUGCUGAGAGCAGACACUUUCCAAGGCAUUGAAAAUUUGGAAUAUCUUCAAGCUGACUAUAAUGAAAUUAAGUCCAUUGAAAAGGGAGCAUUUAACAAACUGCACAAGUUAAAGGUUUUGAUACUGAACGAUAAUCUCAUUCAUGGACUUCCUGAUAAUAUAUUUCGGUUUGCCUCACUAACACACUUGGAUAUAAGAGGGAACAGGAUUCAAAAGCUCCCUUAUUUGGGAGUUCUGGAGCAUAUUGGACGCAUUGUCGAACUGCAGCUGGACGACAACCCAUGGAAUUGUACCUGUGAUUUAGCCCCUCUGAAGGCAUGGCUUGAAAACAUGCCGUACAAUAUUUUUAUUGGUGAGGCAGUUUGUGAAACACCAAGUGACUUAUAUGGGAGGCUCCUGAAAGAAACCAAAAGACAGGAGCUUUGUCCCUUGGGAACAGGAAGUGAAUUUGAUGUGAGGAUGCCACCUAUGCUACCAGAUAAUGGGCAGAUGCCCUCCAAAGUAUCUCCAACAACUUUGGCUCCUGUUUUCACAAAAGCCCCUAAAACCACGGACUCAUCCAAGAUUUAUGGGAAUGGCAUUGUGGCUGGUUUUCCACCAUUUGGAAGAAAUAGCCAGAUUACGUCAUUUCAAACAAGGACCCCACUGCUCCUGUGUCCACAGCCUUGUAGCUGUAGUGCCCAGUCCCCAGACUCAGGCUUAAGUAUAAGCUGUCAGGGGAAGAAUAUUAAAAGUGUAGUUGAUCUCAAUCCGAAACCCCCAAACACCAAGAAACUUCACCUGAGUGGGAAUUAUAUUUGUGAUAUCGGCCAAACAGAUUUCCAAGGGUUUGAGAGCUUAGAUUUGCUCCAUCUUGGCAGCAACCAAAUUGUCACAUUGCAGAAAGGGGUCUUUUCAAACCUCUCUAAUCUGAAAAAAUUGUAUUUAAAUGGAAAUCAGAUUGAACAGUUGCAUCCAGAUAUGUUUGUGGGUCUAAAAAGCCUUGAAUAUCUGCAUUUGGAAUACAAUGCCAUAAAAGAAGUCUUGGCCGGCACUUUUGACUCCACACCAAACCUGCAGUCCCUGUUUCUCAACAACAAUGUUCUGCGGAACCUCCCUGCUUACAUAUUUGCGAGUGUUCCUUUAUCCAAACUCAAUCUGAAGAACAACCACUUUAUGACAUUACCAGUGAGUGGUGUGUUGGACCAGCUGCGGUCACUGACCCACAUAGACUUAGAGGGGAACCCUUGGGAGUGCUCCUGCGAUGUGGUGGCCCUCAAGCUGUGGCUGCAGAGGCUAAAUGAUGGUGUGACUGCAAAAGAGGUAAAGUGUACCUCCCCACCACAAUUCUCCAACAUAGAGCUGCGGCUCAUAAAAAAUGAGGUUCUGUGCCCUAAGCUUGCAAGACCACGACCUAUUGUGACCGGUGCCACACCUUUCCUGACCUCAGUGUCACCCACACGAGUUGGGAAAGCACCUCCAGGAGGGCCUGUGCCUCUUUCGAUUAUGAUCCUCAGCAUCUUAGUAGUGCUUAUCCUUACUGUGUUUGUGGCCUUCUGCCUUCUGGUCUUUGUCCUGAGGCGGAAUAAGAAACCGGUGGGCAGGCAAGAAGGACUGGGGAAUCAGGAGUGUGGUUCCAUGUCACUGCAGCUCCGCCGGCACAGCCACAAAUCUGGCAAAAAAGGCUCUAUCCCAGGAGAUGACUUGGGCGGGGAAACGUUCAUUCCCCAGACCAUUGAGCACAUAGGAAAAAGUCACACGUGUGGGAUCGGACGCUCUUCUGACAUGGACGCUGGGUUCAAGUUUGCUGACUCACAGAGACAGAAGAUCAUCCUUCGCAACUGUGCCGACAAGGAUAAGGACUUGUAUUCCACCCUGGAGCGCAACAAGCGCCUCAGCACCAUCGACGAGCUUGAGGAGUUUCUUCCUCACCGGGAACCCAGCAUGUUUAUCCACAACUUCUUGGACAGCAAAAGAGACUUCAACAGUAUAGGGAUGGGCGGGUACGAAAUCCGUUAUCCUGAGAAAACACUGGAUAGAAAGAUGAAGAAAACUUCUCUGAUAGGUGGGAAUCACAGUAAGAUUGUGGUGGAGCAAAGGAAAAGUGAGUAUUACGAGCUGAAAGCCAAGCUCCAAGGGACGCCUGAUUACCUGCAGGUGCUCGAGGAGCAGACUGCCCUAAGUAAAAUGUAGGGACUAUUGUGUUUGAUUUUCUGCAUUGAUUACACCCACAUACACAAGGAAACCCAACUCCUGCUGACAGACAGACAGCCUGACACUUCUGUCUAUCUCUUGUUCUUUGUCCUCCCCUCUCCACACACACAAACACCAUUCAGUCUCUCAAAUCUCUGCUCGUCUGUCUUCAACUCUUUCUCUUUGCAGGCAGCCACAGACACACUAACACACACAUUCAGAGCAAGUAAAAGUGCCUUCUGGAAAUCCUUAAUGACCAAUGCAGAGAUAGACAAAAUGGCUCCGCACUACAAAGCUAUUACUAGUAUCCGCUUGGAUUUAUUUAAAAGAGAAAGACCUUUUGGAAUAUACAUGCCACUACCUGUAAGAAUUUGGCCAACAUACCGCAGGACACCCUACAAAGCAACCAUACCAUUGUAGUAUUUUUGCUGCUAUCAACAUUUUGUUGUUUUUUUCCUUUCCAACUGCUUUUCUCAGUCAAAUCAAAGUCUUGAAAACUUUGCUUGAGAAUAUACCUCACCAUCAUCAGCAGUACCUGUUAAGAAAAUAAAAUUAAAAAAAAAAAAGCAAAAGGAGGGAGCAUUUGUUGUUGUUGUUUUUGUUUUUUCAUUUGGAAUGUAAUUGCUUCUCAUGGAAACGAAAUUGACAGACUUAGUUAUGGAUGGAUGCUAUCUUUUAUUUGUUUUCCUUUUUUUUUUACAAGGGUCGGUUGUCUGCUCCUGGGGAAACUGUGAAGUCCGCUGCAGACUUGCUGUCACUUUGUCUGGAUUGCUGGGAGAACAAACAGUAUUUAACUGAUGGGAAAUGAAGGCACAGCAAACCUCUUGAUAAAAUUUUUCUUUUUUUUUUGUUUUUUUUUUAUAACUUGUUUUGUGUAAAGAGCCAUGUUAAAUAUAGUGUCUUCUGAAUAGAGUUGUGUUUCUCUUCAAACUUGUUACUUACAUUAUGUUUCGGGUGAAAUCUAACGGCACAUAUAUUGUCGAAGGACUAUUUUGAAGGACAAAACAAAUAAAAAAAACAAGGAUUAAAGAAAAAAAAAAAACUACAAAGCUGCUUGCCAUGUAAGCGUAACCUGGAAUUUAUUUUGUAAGUCUUACAUUAUUUGUAUUUGUGGGACUGGUUUGUAAAUGACAAGGAAAGACUAACAAUUACACAGAAACACACAUAUUCAUACUGUGCAUUGCAACAUCUUCACCGAGAGACUUCAAGCCAGACAACCUGUACUAGAAUCUAAUCUCUUACCCUUGUCAAAACUCAAUUUGUAGUUAAAAAAAAUGACAACUUAGUUAAUUUAUUUUUCUAAGAAGAUUAUGUAAAGAAUUACAGAUAUAAAAAGAAUACUACAAAAAAUGGCGAGAACUUGUGAGAAUGUCCUGGAGUAAAUGAAGGCGUUAGAAGCCACUGCUGAGUUGUUAAAAGGUUUUUGUUUCUCUCAGUUUACCUCUGGGAGAAGGGUUGUGAAAUGUGAUCUGUACCGUUUCCUUUCUGUUGUGCCACAGGACAAGCAGAGACCUCCUACAGUUUGAGGUUUCAAGUAGUUUCCCUAGUUCUUAUAUCUCCCAGAGUAUAAUGUAAAAGUUUUUUUAAUCAACAUUAUGCAACCAAAAAUAAAUGUGCAUUAACUUUGAUAUGCUUUUGAGGUUUUUGGCAUUGGCAAAUGGGGGUUUCUGUAGACGAGGGGUGGCAAAGUUCAAAAUUGUCAGACCGGAACAGAAUUUUAGCGGAAAUGUGCAAUAUAAGAAAACUUGCUCAAGUAACUUUGUUUUAAUAUUAUCAUUAUUUUAUAUUUUAUAGUUUGAGAUUAUGCUAUCCAGACAAGUUAUAUAUUCCAAAAUUCAUUCUGUUAGCUACCUGGUCCUUAUUAAGAAAAAAAAAAAUACUGUUAAGUUCAAAUUACCAGUGUUUUUGACAUUACAGAUGGAUAGAAUGUAUCAUGAAAAGUAUAAUAAAUACAAUUUUAUAUUGGUCUAAAUUUCAUGUAUAUUGGUUAAUUUUCCCUUGUAUAUUCAUGUUGAAGUCAAGGUAUUAAAAUCAGCACCUAUUUGCACUGUGUCCCCCUUUUUCUUAAGAACCUAACACAGCAAUUCCUCCCUGCUUUUAUUUUGAAAAUUCAACCAACCCAAUGAAUUUCCUUAAAAAUUGAUGCUGAAACUUAAAAAUGAACAAUUUUUGGUCAAUAAUAUAACAUUUACUAUUUUAUCCUUGUACGUGUUAUAUGUAAAUCUAAGUUUAUUUUUUUUUUUUAUUAUAAAUCUUUUUACUGUUAAAUAAAUUUCAACUCAUUGCAUCACUCA